UGUGUGUAUAUAUAUGGUGACAGAAAAAUAAUGUGCAUAUUGUCCAUUGAAAACGAGGAAGGAGGAAUUCAAGAGUGAAAAAGAUAAUUAUUUAUCACAAAAGAGUGACAAAUACAAAAUUCACCACAACAAGAAUCAUGAGAUCUGCUACUUUGUUGUUGGUUUCUUGUGUUCUUAUGUCUUUCAUUUUGGGCCAUGUUAAAGAAGUGGAAGCUGCGUUGAAUCCAAUGGACCAAUGUGGCCGGAAGGAUAUAUUUUUGGGAGGAUGCGGCGGCAACGGAAACAAAACAUGCAUAAACGACUUUGUUAAGAAAGGAGGUGCAAGCAAUAAACCUAGUAGUUGCGAGUGUGAUAACUUUGGCGAAGAACAUUUAUGCCGAUGUUAUUUUCCUUGCUAAUUUUUUUGCUAUAGUUCAAUAAACGAAAUAUAGAAUGGAUAAUAAUAUAACAUGGUUUAAGGAGUUUCUUGUGAUGUGAACUUUUGAAUCUUUUUUAGAUGUUGGAAGAAUUGUAAUGAAGAAAACAGUCGCAAAACUUUAAAUA